GCCGACGGGUGUUGUUAGUUCACGAAUCUGGUGGGGGUCUGAGAUAACCUCCAGCUCGUACCGGACACUUUGCAGUACGUUCCAGACCGGCACCGCACCAUGUACGUUUCUGCUUUGUCUGUGCUGGUGGCUGCGGCUGUCGCAGGCUACGCCGACGCUGUUCUGAAGCAGGUGUUCCACUGGAGGAAGCUGGAUUUCCAGUAUCCAGAUGAAGCUUCGCGGAAUGCAGCCAUUUCUUCAGGGGAAUUCGUCCCGGAGAACAAUCUGCCUCUGGGAUUGGAAGUGUGGAAAGAAAAACUGUUCAUCACGAUCCCGAGAUGGAAGUCAGGCAUACCAGCCUCACUCACAUACUUGGAUGUCACUGAUUCGGAUAAUUCACCAGCACUGAGACCAUACCCAGACUGGGCGAGUCAUAAGAUUUACGAAAACGACAAUACUACGAAAGUGAUAUCGACUUUCCGUAUAAGGGUUGAUGAGUGCGACAGGCUCUGGGUCCUGGAUACAGGAUUAGCAGACAUCCUGGGCAAGGCCGAGCAGCUUACUCCUCCCAAGAUUCUCAUCUAUGACCUCAUCACCGAUAAGUUGAUCCACCAAUUCCUGUUCGACAAAGCUCAUAUAAAAGACAACUCCUUCUUCGCAAAUAUCAUCGUGGACGUGACUCCUGGCAAGUGUGAACAAGCAUACGCUUACAUCCCCGAUCUGGGAAGUUACGCUGUCAUCGUCUACAAUCUGUUUACUGAUAAGUCUUUCCGAGUCCGUCAUCACUUCUUCUACAUGGAUCCUUUGUCUGGGAACUACAAUGUGGGUGGAGUCAACUUCCAGUGGACAGAUGGGAUCUUCAGCCUUGCCCUUUCACCGAUCAAUAAAACGGAUGGCUCCAGAACCAUCUACUUCCAUCCUCUUUCAAGCACCAUGGAGUUCACUGUCAACUCAAAGAUAUUACAGAAUGAGACCAUCGCCAAUGACGAUUACUAUGCUUACAAGGUUCUUGGUACUAGAGGACCCCACAGCCAAGCAACCGCCUCAUUUUUGGACCCAAAGACUGGCGUUCUCUUCUACACGCAGAUCAACAAAAAUGGAGUGGGUUGCUGGAACUCUUUUACUCAUGCAGAUGACUUUUCUCCAGAAACCAACUUCCUGGUGGCCUCUGACAAUGAAACUAUGAUUUUUCCAAACGACCUGAAGGUUGAUCGGGAUAGCAAUCUCUGGCUACUGACAGACAAGUUGCCCACUCACAUAUAUAAAAAAUUGGACUUUGGGGAGAUCAACUAUCGAGUUUUCACUGGCCCAGUGGAUGAAAUCGUAAAAGGAACAGUCUGUGAAGUGAAAGAUACUGAAAAGACUGUUCCCACUCAGUCAGACAAGGACGUUUCUGAGAGCACUAGUGAGCAAACAACUACUUCAACAGAAAAAUCUUGAGGGGUUGAUCAAACUGUGGAGACUAAUUUGGGACCGUAUUAGUCAUAAAAUGUGUGUCAGUGUCAAUUUCAAAACUGGCAUAUGCCAAUAGUUUAAAGUGUUAUCAACUUAUGAACUACACAAUUAACAGCCUAUGCAAAGUUAUUAUAAAACAGUUUUUUUCAAUUCAAUUAGUAUGGUAAUUUAAUAGGCUGUAAACACUUGUUACAAUAAUACAUUGAAACUAACAAUAUGAAUGCUUGUACAACUUUCGGAGAAAUAUACAAAGUAUACAACAUA